GGAGCAUCUGCAAGUGAAGAGAAGCGAAUAUGCUUUUUAUGUGAGUUCAAUUUGGAGGAGGUGAAUGAUUCUCCCGGAUAGCUCGUCCUAGCCUAGCCUCGCCGCCACCGCUUCCUCCUCCGUGGCACUGGCCGGCGAGCUCCCAAGCAGCCGCCCCCCUCCUUCCCAUCCUCUCCUCAAUCCGGCCAUCGGCGCCCUUCUCCCACGCCCCCUACUCCGGGCGCCGCCCUCCCCCACCGCCGGCGCCGCUCUCCUAAUAUGGCGGCAUGGAACACCUCCAUCCUCUUGCCGCCGCCGCCGCCGUUGUUGUCGCGUGCUGCCGUCGCGACGCCCGCGCUCAAUCCGUACCCUCUCCGCCUGCACCGCCGCCACCCCCAAAAGCCCCUCUGCCUUCCAUCGGAGUCGUACCCUGCGGAUACCGACGCCGACGCCUCGUCGGCCUCCCUCGACUCGAGGCCCCGCCGCAUCGCCCUCUUCGUGGAGCCCUCCCCGUUCGCAUACGUCUCCGGCUACAAGAACCGCUUCCUGAACUUCAUCAAGUAUCUUCGGGAGAUGGGUGAUGAGGUCAUUGUGAUUACCACGCAUGAGGGCGUACCUCAAGAAUUCUACGGAGCAAAGCUAAUCGGAUCAUGGAGCUUCCCCUGCCCGUGGUACCAGAAGGUUCCACUUUCACUAGCCCUAAGUCCUCGGAUUAUCGGAGAAGUUGCUAGAUUUAAGCCUGACAUCAUUCACGCCUCUUCCCCUGGAAUAAUGGUAUUCGGUGCCCUAAUAAUUGCAAAGUUGCUCUGCGUCCCUCUAGUAAUGUCGUACCACACCCAUGUUCCAAUUUAUAUACCGAGAUAUACAUUCAGCUGGCUGGUGAAGCCUAUGUGGUUGAUUAUAAAAUUCUUGCACCGAGCUGCGGAUCUCACACUGGUACCAUCAGUUGCUAUCGGCAAGGAUCUUCAAGCUGCCCGUGUUACAGCAGCCAAUAAGAUACGCCUUUGGAACAAGGGUGUUGAUUCAGAAAGCUUCCAUCCCCGUUUCCGUAAUGACGAAAUGCGUGCAAGGCUAACUAACGGUGAACCAGAAAAACCGCUUAUACUGUAUGUUGGUCGUUUGGGAGUUGAGAAAAGCUUAGACUUUCUUAAGAGGGUCAUGGACCGACUUCCAGGAUCAAGAAUCGCAUUUGUUGGUGAUGGGCCAUUCAGGGCUGAACUCCAACUGAUGUUCACGGGAAUGCCUGCAGUGUUCACUGGUACAUUACAAGGAGAAGAGCUAUCGCAGGCCUAUGCCAGUGGGGAUGUGUUUGUGAUGCCUUCUGAGUCAGAAACGCUUGGUUUUGUUGUGUUGGAGGCUAUGUCAUCAGGAGUUCCCGUAGUUGCAGCUCGUGCUGGAGGAAUACCUGAUAUUAUACCAGAGGAUCAGGAGGGUAAGACCAGCUUUCUGUACACACCAGGAGAUGUUGAUGACUGUGUUAGCAAGAUCGAACGUCUCUUGACAUGCGAAGAGUUGAGAGAGACAAUGCGGAAGGCUGCCAGAAAGGAGAUGGAGAAGUUUGAUUGGAGAGCAGCUACGAGGAAAAUUCGGAACGAGCAGUACAGUGCCGCGAUUUGGUUCUGGCGCAAGAAGAGGGCACAGCUAUUGAGACCCAUCCAGUGGGUGUCCCGGAGGCUGUUCAGGCCUACACCUGCACCUUCCACCAUGAAUCAAUCAUAAAUUCAUCAUAUUCAUGAAUCAUGAUGCUCGAUUCUGUCAGUUGGAAGCAGGUCGAUCAAAUUUUAGUCAGAUAUAUAAACUUGUUAAUGUGCCCCUGUGAUGUGAGAAUAUGUAAGCUCAAGCAUAUCGGAUGAAGGAAGGUGAGGCGAAGUUCAUUGAACAUAAUGUGUAAGGCACCGUUCAAUAUGCUGUCUUUGCUUGCCUUCAACACAAGAGUGUUCCUACAAUACUGACGAAAUAUCAACCUGUGAAUUUGUGAAUGAUAAUUAUAUGAAAAGCAAAGCAUAGGUUUUUAGGUGGCGUUUGUGCCUCCAGCCAUAUAUUGUAAAUCGCAGUGGUAUUCCACCUUGCUUGCUUCAUUGUUGAUUGUUGUAUUUAGGGAUUGUAAACACCCUCUAGUGGAUGUUUGAAUGGGAGGAACUUUGUAAUUGUUAAAUUCUACAGGAUAUUUUUUCAUCACUAUAGAAUACACAAAAAAAUGAAAUCCUAUUAAAUCUUC